AUGUCUCCGCUAAAUAUGUAUAUUCUGUUGCACUAUCUUCUCAAUGCGCCUAUAAAAAAAACACUAAAUCUUUCUAUCCCAACAAACACCAUUACUCAAUUAUCUAAAUCUAUAUUGCCCACCAUUCCGAAAUUCUAUCAUAAAAAUGUGCAGCUCUCCCCAAAACAUCCUCGAAAUGAACUCCCUGCAACAAUUGACACUUCCUUUGUUCCUGAACCCUCCUCUUCAGAUCCUACAACUCCUCCAGACCAACAAAUCAACCUGUUUUUAGAGUUAUCUACCUCCCCAAUAAACUCGGAAGAAUCGGCAACCUCAUCCUUGGAUGAAGCUCUAGAAAUAUCUGCGGACUUUCCUUCAAUCCUUGAUGGACCGUCUCCACUCCCUUUCAAGCUUCCAGCUGCUAGAUUCUUUCCACCUAUGCCGUCAGUACCACCUAUAGUAGACCCCACGAGGAACAUCACCUCUGCUGCACCUCAAAUUUUCAUCCAUCAAAAUGUUUCCUUCCCUCCCAUCCAAACCCAACCACCUAUCCCAACUGUACCAAACACACCUGUUUUCUCCAAUACAUCAGCUUCAAAUGUUUGCAACACUACUCAGCUCAAUGUACCAUCUCAACCUCCACUCACCAUGUCAAACACACUUAAAGGCAUCAACGCUAUGCCUGGAGCCAAUUCAAGCAAAGCACCAACAUUUAAUGGUGAAACUUCAGAACUUCUUGAGUUUUUUGAACUGUUUGAGGAUCUAGCAUUGGCCUGUGGACUUUUGUAUGCCGAAAAAUGCAAGACAAUUGUUCGCUACAUUGACAUUCAGACGAAGCAUUUUUGGGUAACUCUGACGGGGUAUGAAAGCAAAGACUUUACCAUUUUUAAGACCAGUAUUCUGUCGCAAUACUCUGGAGCUGCAAAGGGUCUUCGGUACUCGAUACGUGACUUGGAAUGA